CUGUAGGACUCUACUCUUCAUGUCAGAAUCGAAUUAAUAUGAUCCUCGAAAAAAUGGAAGUGUACAUGAACAGGGAGGCUGUGAGGAUUGAGACGGAACACAAAGGCAGGCCCCGCUCAGUCAAGCCUUCAUUUGGAGGCUUUCUAGCGCUCAUUGGCCGACUGCUCUUCUACAGGCCCAUUUGGACUGAGGAGAACCAGCAGCACCGUGACGUCAGGUUCAUUUAUGUGCAUUUCAGUGCCUGGCAUUUUGCAGGCAGUGACAUGCUUUGGGCCGGACUAGCCAUACGACUGUUUCAGGCCAUGCAGAUGAACUUUGGGAAAUUACAGCUCGUACUUUACCGUGUGGCUCAACACGAUGAAGAGGACGAAAUCAAGAAGAAGGUUGUAAUGGAGAAUAGUACUAACCACUGGAGAUCCAAGAAGAUUUGCUGCUGCCCCCUGUGGUUUCUCAUCCUGUCCAUUCUCGUGGUACCACCUAUCAUCCUGGUGUUCGUAUUGACAGUUGGCCUUCCCAAACCCGAGGUGGAACCAGACGAGGAGGUGAAUAACACAAAAGGCCAGGUGGGUGUGGUGGAGGGCGUGGUCAUUGCUGUGUUAGGAGUCCCUGCAGCGAGCGCAUUGAGGUUUACCUUUCAGAUGGUUAAGAACCUCAUCUUCAGCCAGGAAAUGAACCUUAAGAAGGGGUUGGACAAUGAGCAGAUCAGCAACCAACUGGGCUUAAUGAAUGAGGUGAGGAUGGAAAUGUGGUUCCUGUCUCGCUUCAUCCAGUUUAUGGAAAUAUUUGAGAGAAGAAGGAUUCGAGUGGUGCUGAAGAUCACCAACCUGGACCGGUGCGCCCCCAAGAAAAUUGUUGCAGUUCUGGAUGCCAUCAACAUUCUGCUUUCAGACGAGGAGAGUCCGUUUAUUUCCAUUCUGGCAGUAAACCCAGAAGUUAUUGUAGAGAAAGUGAACUUUGCAGACGGCUGCUUCAGCAAAGAGGACAGAGCUUAUGCAAUGUUGAACCGCAUUGUGACUCUGGCCUUCACAGUCCCACCACUGUGCGACGAUUUAAAGUGCAGGUUUUUUUACAGCCUCACAAGAAAUUCAAAAGAUAAAAAUAGAGCUUGGGACCUCACGAAGACAUCUUCCUCAGAUGUAUCAGAAGUACUAAUUGCACUGGAAGAGUCACAGCAACUGAUCAAUAACACUACAGCAGCACUGGAUGUAAAAGACAACGAAGUAGAGCAGCUGGUGGAGAGCAGCCUGACCAACAAUGAAAGAAAUAUAAACAAGUACAUGUUAGAUGAUGCCAUGUCUAUGAGGAGGGUGAUCAACUCCAUUCGAGUGACUGUGAUAAUGAUGAAGGCUUUGGGGAAAGAGCCUCGUCAACCAGAAUACAUUGCAGCAUGGGUGGUCUUAGCCAAUCAGUGGCCCUGCCGACUUAGCUGGAUCAUCCAGUGUGCAGAAGACGCUCAGCAGAGAGCAGAUAUUGAUCAGGAAAAUGUGACCAACACUGAUGAUUCAAAGACCUUGUGGAAAGUCUUCAGUGAGUCCAGGGCAGAACUGUAUGUGAUGAGUGCACAGAUUGAGGACCUCCUCGAGCAGGACGGAGAUCCUGAGAUGUUCGAAAGAUUCCUAAAAGUAGAUUUCCAAUUCACCAUAAGGGACUUGAAGACGUUUGAAGUGGCAACGGUAAACCUGGAUCAUACGAUUAGGAAGGAGCUGGCUCAGAUCAGAGGGACAUCCAGGCUGAAAGACUCUGGUUGGAUGAGGGACCUGGCUCCUCUGCCUAUCACAACUAUCAUCAAUAUGAAUACAGAGGAUGUAUGCAAAGAGUUGGAGAGAAUGGAAUACCCCAGUAAGUAUAUUGAUAAGGUGAGAAGCAAUGACCUCAAUGGUUUGGCACUGCUCUUUGGUAGUGCAGAGGACCUGAAAGACCUCCUUGGUAUGACCUUUGGUGAAUGGGCAACUUUCAGACUGCACUUCCUGGGUUUACCAUCACAUCUCCGACCACAACACAAGAACGUGUCGACGGAGCCUCAUCAUCCUCAGAGUCAGCUUUUGAGAUUUAAAGCACAUGCUUUCGAUCAUCACUCGUCUAAUCCCAAUCUGGUUGAUAGUUCCAUGUAGGAUCCAGUCUG